CCGUCGGGUUUCGGCGAGAGGCCUUUACCGAUGACCAGCUCGCCAAGUUGUCGCCGUUUAUUGGCGACUUCAUCGCUGACGACCUGUCCCUUUUCAUGGCCACGUACUACAUGUACUUCCCAUUCCUUGCCUGCGAGGUCAAGUGCAGUGCCACCGCGCUGGAUGUUGCGGACCGCCAGAACGCUCAUACCAUGGCGCUGGCCGCAAGGGGCAUCGUCGAACUCUUCCGUCUUGUGAAGCGCGAGGACGAGAUUAACAGCCAGAUACUUUCCUUUUCCAUCUCACACGACCAUUGCUCAGUUAGGAUAUACGGCUACUAUCCAGUUAUUAAUGGAGCAGAAACCAAAUACCAUCGCCACCCGAUUCACAGUUUCGACUUUACAACACUGGACGGAAAAGACAAGUGGACCGCGUACCGGUUUACCAAAAAUAUAUAUGACGUCUGGAUGCCGGAACAUUUCAAGAAGAUCUGCUCAGCCAUUGACCAGCUGCCAAAUGAUGUCUUGGCGCUCUCUGAGUCAACUGACGUCUGUUAGGAUUUAUAGCAAUAGUAGCAAUAGUAGCAAUAGUAGCAAUAGUAGCAAUAGUAGCAAUAGUAGCAAUAGUAGCAAUAGUAGCAAUAGUAGCAAUAGUAGCAAUAGUAGCAAUAGUAGAGGAGUAAUAGUAAUAGCUAUAGCCUACGUAGGCUACAUAUGGAUUGCUAAAUAACAGAUUUAGGAUGCUGGAUA